AACCUUCCCCAUUCAUGUUCCCUUUAUAGUUUUUCCCCAAUUUUGAACCCUGACUUUCUCUUUAAUCUCAAUCAUUCACCAUCAAAUUUCUUGACCACUAACCAAGAAAAAACUGCCAUAUCACUUGUUGUCUAGAUGAAUCCAAGGAAACCCACAAUCCAAUCUCAAUCAUUAUAUACACAUAUAAUAGUACACACCAUUCAUGGACCUUUUCUCACUGCCUAGUAGCCACCAGUGAAUAGUAUAUACACACACACACACUUUAUGUCAGCAGCAUAAAUAUAUAUAUAUAUAUAUAUAUAUAUAUAUAACUAUGCAUUUGUCAAUGUGCAUAUAUAAUUUUAGGCUGUGUUUGGUUAGUAGCAUCUUUUAGUCUCUUAAUUAGAUACAUACUUCAAUUCUCCAGAGUCCUUGGCUAUGGCAGAAUCAGACAACGAGUCAGGGGGUCAAACUGGUGGUGGUCACACCGGUGAACUGUUGGGGUGCAGAGAGCAAGACAGGUUCCUCCCCAUAGCGAACGUGAGCAGGAUCAUGAAGAAGGCGUUACCGGCGAACGGCAAGAUCUCAAAGGAAGCCAAAGAGACUGUGCAGGAGUGUGUUUCAGAGUUCAUCAGUUUCAUAACAGGGGAGGCUUCAGACAAGUGCCAGAAAGAGAAGAGGAAGACAAUCAACGGUGAUGAUCUACUGUGGGCCAUGACGACGCUUGGAUUUGAAGAUUAUGUGGAGCCACUCAAGAUUUACCUGCACAAGUAUAGGGAGAUGGAGGGGGAGAAAACUGGUGGAAUGGUGCAGAGUGGAGGAGGAGGAGGAGGAGGAGGAGGAGGAGGAGGAAGGAGUCAGAGUGAACAGAGAGAUUUGAAUAAUGCUGCAGGUGAGAGUUAUGGUCAUGGUAUGCCAUCAUCCCAUCAUGUGAUGAUGAUGAUGGGGCAUCAUCAACAUCAGAGCCAUAUGUAUGGUGGAUCUGGGAGUGGAUCAGGAUCACCAUCUUCUGGGAGGAGUACUAGAUAGUAUAGCAGGUUUAGUUAUGAAUCUGUUUCAGCUUAAUUGAUUUCCAAGGAUGAUGAAUUAAUGUUCAUGUAUAUGUGCUUUGAUUUUGGAAUCUGUUGCUUGCAAUUUCGUUGUAUGAAUUAUUAAUGUAGAUAGAUAUUAAUUGUGCAUGGAUGGUGAGCAUGUGGAGUAAGUAAUUACACAGAAUUUUUGUAUUUAUUCUUUGCAUUUUCUGCAGGAACAGGAAAUGAGAGCAGGAUUAUAAGGUUUUGUUAAUUUAUUCAAUAA